AAGGCUGGAUGACUUCCUGCUCUUUGGACACACUUCUCCUUCUUCCUCGCAGUCAAGUGACUUCCUGGCUUCACUUUCACUCAGCAUAUGGAAAUGGAGGACCAAAUGGAGAGCCAGAAGAGACGGGAGGCCAGUAAAGACACUUUAAUAUCUGACCGGACUGGAUCCUUGGGAUGUGCAGGAUGGUUCAUCGUCAUAUUGGUUGGCUUCUUUACAAUUUGCCUUUUCCCCAUCACUAUUUGGUUCUGUCUAAAGAUAGUUCAAGAGUACGAGCGUGCAGUCAUCUUCAGACUAGGCCGGAUCACAGACAGGAAGGCAAAAGGACCAGGAAUCUUCUUCAUUUUACCCUGCACUGAUUCGUUUAUCAAAGUGGAUUUGAGGACAGUUUCAUUUGACAUCCCUCCGCAAGAAAUUCUGACUAAGGACUCAGUGACAGUGAGCGUGGACGGCGUGGUCUACUUCCGCGUCAGUGACCCCAUCUCUUCCGUGGCCAAUGUGACCAACGCUGACUUUGCCACCCGUUUGCUAGCUCAGACCACCCUCAGAAACGUCUUGGGGACCAAGAACCUGGCUGAGGUCCUGUCUGACCGCGAAAGCAUUGCUCACAGCAUGCAGUCCAACUUGGAUGAAGCUACCGACAACUGGGGUAUCAAGGUGGAACGUGUGGAGAUUAAAGACGUGAAGCUGCCUCAUCAGCUGCAGAGAGCAAUGGCGGCGGAGGCUGAGGCUUCACGGGAGGCCAGGGCAAAGGUGAUAGCCGCUGAGGGUGAGAUGAACGCAUCCCGCGCCCUGAAGGAGGCUUCUCUCGUCAUCGCUGAGUCUCCAUCAGCACUGCAGCUUCGUUACCUGCAGACCCUCAACACCAUCGCAGCUGAGAAGAACUCCACCAUCAUCUUCCCCUUGCCUAUGGACGUCAUCUCCCACUUCAUGCGGAAGUGACCCCUGUUUGCAUGACACUUGAUUUGAAUGCCUACACAUAUUUCAUCCACAACAAAAGGACAUAUUUUAUUUUAAUCUGUUUAUUAUUCUUUUGCAUGCUUUGACACAUCAAAUUUAUAAACUUUCACGCUAACUGUUGCAACCAAAGAGAGUUUGUCAUUUGUUGAGUAAUUCAUAACCUGUUCCAAAUGGGACAAAAUUUGAUUAUAAUUGGAAAUAAAUGUAUAUACGUGUUAUUAAA